UUGAGCGCACAGUGAAGCGCUCGGCUGUUCGUGUGGUGUCAGCGCUGCUCAGUCCACUAUGCCGCGGGUCCGGCGUGUCAGCUGGAAUGAAGCCGUGUGAUGCGUCGCACCGGACGGGCUCCCUGACGCUCCGCACUUUCUCUUCUUUGUCCCUGCAGAAGAUGGUGUCUGGCGGCUAAUUCCAACUUCGGACUCCUUGGUGUGUGUGUGUGUGUGUUUUUUUCUUCUCCUCGGCGAAGCGCACUGAAAUCAGUUGGGGUCCCGAGAUGACGGAAGUAGAGCCAGUGUUGGACUUUGCCUCCUCGGGUCGCUCGGGAAGGCGAAACGCCCUGCCUGACAUCCUGGGCUCUCCGGCAGGUGUAAACCCCGGGGACCUGCCUCUUAAACUAGCUGAGCUGUCCCUCAAAGAUGGUCCAGGAGGGGCCCAGUCACCCACGGCGGAGGAGCCUCCACCGCCGCCGGAGAGCUCAGAGGGGAAAGAGGGAUCGUAGGGACUCGUUUAUUUACCACCCUGGAGACCUGCAGAGAUAACCUGAGAGACGGGAUGAGGAGCGAGAUAGAGGGCGACCUGUGGGAGAACGUGUGACGAUCUGUGGAGAGUCAGUCUGUUUGCGGAGCAGCUGAGCCACGGAGGGAGAGUGACGGUCCGACUCCCCAAGGACUGAAGCCAGGAGUGUGGGACUUUUUUGGAACUGAGCACUAUCCGAAAAGAGUCAGACGUUACUUAAUUAUGAACCACUGAGUGUGUGUGUGUGCGUGUGUGUGUGUGAGAGUUACUCGCUCACUGUGGACACUACACCAAGAAUCAAAGGGACCAUGACAGAUUGUAUACUGUACACUACUAUUUUUCUAUGAUUUAUUUAAAACUAAAGAAAAACAGGAAUUCAUAAGUCAAACUGUAAUAUGAACCACUUCCUCGCAUUUCCUGCUGAUUUUGGUUUUAUAGUGAUGUGUGUCAUUUUACACUGACAUUAGCAGGAGGGGGUCUCACAGCAGCCUGCUGUGGCUCAAAGCUCUUUUGGAUGUAAAAUGGUACAUUUGACAUAAGGAAACAGUAGAUCUAAGAAAGCUGGGAUCUCUUUGUGUCGUCUGGCUCACCUACGCUUUUAUACUAAAUGUGUAUUAUCUGCUAUAUGUUCUCCGAUCCGAGGUCCUUGCACAGUAUAUCUGCAUUGUAAAUGUACAGUUUUUACCCCUCUUCCCCAAACGGUUUUGAUCCUAGCCACAACAACCAGGGAUUUGAUUCAUUUUAUUUAGGCGUCCAUCAGAUGCAAGACGAUAACGUGGAAGAGCCGUCUAUAUCUCGAGACAUUCCUGUAGAGAAUAUAAUCCCACUGCCAACAAGGUACACACUGCUUCAUUAUAUUACUGAAAAGAAAAGACUGUGAUGUCCUUUUGUUUUGUGCUCAAGGCUGCUUUAAAAAAAGUCUCCUCAUUUUCCAAACCUCUGAAAAUGUGUCUAGUGGCAGUUUACAGCUGAAAACGUGCAUUGUGUUCUCUCUCUGUGAAGUACUGUUAUCCAUUCCUUUUGGGCUAUUGAUAUUUCCUCAGUUUUAAUAGGAGGUAUCAUAACACAUCUUUACUGCUAGAACUGUAAACGAAAGAGAAAAAAAAAACACUUUUCUAGUAUUUUGCAAACCUAUAAGUGUUCGGUUUUGUGUAAAAAAAACAGGGCUUUUUUUUUCUUUUUCUUUUUUGCUGCGUGAGGCUCCUCACACGUGCUUCUUACAAUGUCAACAGCAUAUGCCCGCUGCCUGGGUAUGGGGAGCAAGCAUCAAACAACGCCACCGCCACAGUGUGUUUCCAGUGCCGAAAAUGGCAGCACACUCGCCUUGUGCCUCUCUGGAGUCUGUUCGCACUCAUCAACACAUAAGUAGAGCUGUGAAUAGGAUGCAAGACGGAGAGAGCGAGAAACACAGCGAGAGUCCACACUUUGUCAGCGAUCAACUCAACUGCUACUGUAUAUAUACUGUGUUGUAGUAUAAUCCAUGUGUCAUACAUGCUACCUGUAUGAUUACCAGACUUUAUUCACAUACUGUACCCACAUAGAAAUGAUGUUCUGUAAUUGUUUUCUAUUUGAAGACUCGUUGCUGGUGGAUGUGUCUUUAUGUGGAUGUGUUUCACAGAUACAACAGGGAAAGCCUGGUGUGUGCUGCUGCCCAGCCUGUGUUUUGGAUGCUGCAUACUACUGAAGCUAAUGAGGAAGUGUUGGUCUAUCUGAAGCUGUAGGAUCAAUGCAUUUGGUGGUGGGGGAGGGAUGGUGGUUAAUCUGAGGUGUGUUUUGUAGUGUCCUGAUCUCUAAGUGGUGCAUAUAUUUUACUUAGCUGGAUUGAAUCCCUUAUGUUGAUUCUAUCUGGUGGUGAAAAUUGCCAU